AUGGUGUUUCCUUGGGGCAACAGUGCUUUAGUUACUGGAGCCACUGGUGGAGUUGGACAAGCAAUUUGUGAGCAAUUACUCAAAUAUGGAAUAGAGGAUCUCGCGGUGGUGGAUCUCAGUGCAAAAGAACCAUCAAUUGUGGGGAAAUGGAGACAAAAGUAUUCAAAUACCUCCAUAACGUACUUUAGUGUUGAUGUGAGUUGCCAGGAUGAUCUUCAGCGUUGCUAUGAAACUUUUGUGAAAGGCAUCAAAAGUCUGGAUAUUGUUGUGAAUUGUGCGGGAAUUUUCAAUGAGAAUCAUCCGAGAAAAAUGGUUGAGGUGAAUCUGUGUGGAACAAUUGGAUCAACACUUCUGGCUAUGGAGUACAUGAGGAUGGAUGGGGAAAAGGGAAGGGGUGGUGUUGUGGCCAAUAUCUCAUCCAUCGCAGGGAUUCUUCCUAUGAGUAGAGCUCCAACGUAUAGCGCUACAAAACACGCCAUUGUUGCUUUUACGCGAUCCCUAGCACUGGGGCACAAUGACAAAGGGAUAAGAUUUCUCACUCUCUGUCCAGGAGGUGUACUGACACCAUUAUUGCUGAGUAUGAAGUUCUUGGAUUUGAAGACUAUUGAACUCUUCAAAAUAUUCAAAACGUUUAGAAUUCAAAGCGCAAGGAGUGUUUCUCAGGCGGUAGUCAGUAUUAUAGAAUGUGGGGAGAAUGGAAGUGUUUGGAUCAUCAAAAAUGGAAAAUUGACUGAAUAUACUAAACAUCAGAUUAAUAUAUAA